UCAGAUGCUAAACCGCAUUGUUAUUGUUUUGGGGCGCGUAUUUUGUUCAACCAUUUCAGGGAGUUUUUAACCGAACUUUGCAGUGUUAGCAAUGCUUUUUUAGAGUGUUUUGUUCUGUGAAAAUGGACAACGACGUUUGCGAAGUAUGUGGUCUCGAGGAUUUUACCCUAGCAGAUGGAUUUUAUUACUGUACCGAGUGUGGUACGAAGCUGCUCCAUAAACGUGAAAUUGCGAUCGAUGAAAUCAACGUUGGCGUGCAGACCACAAUCCGGAAAGAUGUCAAAGUAGAACGUACCAUAACCAGCUGGGAACAAAUGAACUACUUUCUGCGCGGGCUCACGGAGCGCUUAAUUGAGCUUGGUGCACCGGACGAGCUUAAGGUGACAGUACUGCAAAUUUGGUGUGCCUACCUGAACGUUGCCGAAAUAGCAUUCUUUAACAAAAGGCAACGGAAGCGGCCCCGUUUGGCUUUACGAAAUCAAAAAUGGGAUUUGAAGUUACUGUUCAAUCGGGAAGCUCCGAAGAAACCGAAACGUAAAGCAAAGGAUUCGGAUAAAUUGUCAUCAACGCAAAGGCGAAAGGAUGCUGAGCAAAUGGUAAACGCGGAACGGGAGGAGGCAUUAACACAGAGUCAAACAUCCGAUCUGGAGUCUACACUGGACACACUAUCUACCUCAAUGCAAAGCUCAUCGAACUCAGCGCAAACUCCAUUGAGUUUUCAGUUUAACCGGCGGGCACGAAAGCGACUGCUAGAGGAAAUGCGUCUCGACGAGGAACACAUAGAAUGGCAUGAACAAGAAGCGCCCGUACAUGCACCUUGCCAUUCCUAUCCUUACACGGGUGUAAAACGCAGCUUUGCCCAGGAGUUCGAUAAUUGGUCAUUUAUGCAUCGAAAAACAAUUUUGAUCGCUAUUCUAGCCCUUGCCCUGAACCAGAUACGCAGCCCAAUACAAAUAGCGGAUCUUACACGCUGGAUAGAGGAAGGCCAUCUACCGUUUCACAAUUUGAGACAGUUUCUGCCGGAGGACAUACUUCCGAUUUGCUACUCGGAAACGUUGGCACACAUGUUGACGGCUCACCAAGGAUUCAUUUACUGCCGUAUACUCGCCUCACUGGUAGCUACUGAUCUCGGUAUAGUGCCGAUCGAACCAGACCUUUCGGCUCUUUGCCGUCGAUUUUUACGUGAACUGGCACUGCCGCUCGAUCUUUUGCCCUACAUUACCAAAGUAAUGGCGAUCGGGCCGGAAAUAAGGCGAAAUUACGUGUACGCGUACUUUCCAAAGUACGAGAUACAUGCCAUGAAGUACAUACUGUUCGUGAUGAAGCUGCUCUUUGGCUUGGAUGGUAGAAUCGAAAACAAGUUAGAUGCCAGCUCCGAGCGGCUUAAUGAACGAAUGGGAGUAUUUAACAGCGUACCACAACUGUUCGUAUGGAACGAAUGGCAACAAUACGUAACUAUGCGGCACAUCAUUCUGGAACAGUUGCAUUAUCCAACAAGUCACGCCCGUACCCAAUCAAAGAUUAAUCGUCCUAUUGACCGGGAACUUUUUCUAAGCUUUUUUGAAUCACAUGUCGUACCGGAUGAUCAUAAUUCGACUGGCUAUCGGGCAGGAGAUCUUCGACCGUCGCAUACAGCGAUGCAGGAGCGAUUGUUUAAAAACAUACACACGGUCAUAUCGUCGGCAACGGACAAACAUGCUACGUUUCGCGACAAAACACCUACACAGCACAUCCAUUUUGAUCAUAGCAUGGAACCUCAGCGUGCAUAUUUUGCAGAGAUACUCACGAUGGACGAUACCGGGCGGCAAAACGUGUACAUACCGGAGUAUAUGCUAACAGACCACAGCAAAAGAACGGUCACGCCGUUCGUAAAUCCAAUGCCUCUGAAAAGGCACCUUUUGGAACAUCAGCGGGUACGGUUGGUUACGAAAAAAAUAACAUCCAAACUCAAGCGCAUCCAGAUGGUGAAGUACAACUCACAUAUUACUAACGUAGAACUGUACCUGGCGGAGAACAAAUUUGCUCACGUUCUCCACGUGGACGAUGAUGGUGAUGAGUCUAGCGGAUCGGAAGAUAGCAACAUCAAGGGCAACAUUUUAGACUACAUCAAUUCACAGGCCGAACAGCAUCGACUAAACCCAGAGGAAAUGCUACACAAAACGCUUUGCCGAAACACGAUAGAAGAAAUGGAGUCGAAUAUACGGAGGGAAGAGUUUACAGUCUGUGCCAAUGACAUGGAGCUGUCCUGGCUUAAGGAACAGGCGGACGAAGUAAAUCCGUUCCAAAAUAACCCUCCCCUAGACGAAACGAUAGCGGGCGAAGAACAGUGCAGUGAAACGAUAACAAUUGCACUGCCCAAUUAUUACUACUGGGUAAAUAAUGGUAAUCUGCGAUACAUUUCUUACGACGUCUUUGAGCAGGAUUAUUUUAGCACGUUUCCCGCCAGCUUUCAACUGUUGCUUCGAGAAGCGGCAUACGUUACGCGAUGCUCCAUGCUGGAAUUGUACUCGGAACUGAAUGAGUUAGAGAAACAUUUUUUUAAAAACUACAGCCGAAUAAAGUGAUGCUCGUCGUGAUCUCUUCCAA